CUUACUUCCUCGCCUCCACCGCCUCGUCGCAAACAAGAAAAAAAAUAAAUCGAUCAGCCAUGGCCCCAAUAUUAGGAAAGCGCAAGUCUAGGUCGCAAGAAAUAGACAGUGCGUCUGUCGAAGAUGCGCAGGAAAUAUUUCGCCGACACUUUGAGGCUCAAUUCGCGCCCCUCGCUGGAGCAUCUCCAUCGCGACAAACAACCCAGCAAUGCAAUGAUGAGGACGACGACGAGGAGGACGAAGAUGAAGAGUCUGUAAUCUCAGACCUGGACUCGGAUGGCGACGGGCCGGACGAGUGGGGUGGACUCUCUGGAGAUUCGGAGGGGGAUCUCAGUGAGGACGAUGACAUGGACGACGGCAAAGAGUCCAAUGUGGUCGAAGUUGUGGACUACUCGUCAAAUGCGCCGAGCUUAGAUCCGACACUGUCAAUGUCGAAAAAAGAACUCAAAGCCUACAUGUCUUCAAGACCACCAUCCUUGACAAACGACGACAAAAAACCAAAAGAACCGCCCGCAAGGACCAAAAAGAAACCAGGAAGCGACCCCGAAGACUCGGCCGACCUGCUCGCAAACGACCUCGCCCUCCAACGCCUCCUGUCCGAAUCCCACCUCUUGAACCAGGCGGCCGGCAACCUCUCCUCCUCGUCGAUGCUGCUAUCCUCGGUGUCGGCCUCCAACCCGACGGCGGCGAAAUCGUUCGCCGAGGGCCGCCUCCGCCGAAAGACGACGGACCUGCGCAUGCAGAACCUCGGCGCCAAGGAGUCCAUCUUCAAGCAGAAGAGCAUGCCCAUCGCGAUGCGCAAGGGCAUCGUCAAGGCCGGGGCCGACAAGGAGGCCAGGAGGAGGCGGGAGGCCAAGGAGUGCGGCGUCAUUCUGGAGACGGCCAAGAGCAGUGGCGACAGGAGGAGGCCUGCGAGCAGCACCAACGGCAACAGGCGCAGCAAGGACGUCGGCCUGCCAGGCGUGGGAAGGAUGCGCGGAGCCGAGUUGAGGAUCAGCGCCAAGGAUAUACGGGACGUGGAAGGGAGGAGGUCAACCGGUGGCGAGAAGCGGAGGAAGAGGAGGAGGUAAUGUCCUCGUCGUGCCCGCCGUGACGGCGACUGUGACGUGGGGACGAAGGGGGCGUCUAAGAUUUACUGCUGUCAUUGCAUACAUGUGGCGGUCCAUCACUACGCCUUCAAACUUUCUAUGCUUUCUUAAUGAGCCGGCAAACGUCCAAAAACCCAAUCGCGAGACCUUAAUAUCAGACUUCCCAGCGAUGUUGCCACACGCGUCAUGCGAGAGCGGGGUCAGAUCGACUGGUACUGGACUCUGGAGGUGGCUGAGAUAUACUGACACGAUGGCACAAACCAGUCAUUUCGGUUGCAAGUCUCGGCAGACAAUGGGUACCAACUGCAAUAGGUAGACAGGAUGCUCAUCUGCAAUCCACUUGGGCACCAAACGAAGAGACAUAAUCUGGGGCUGAUUAGAGAUGUGGGCCACUGCGUUUGGGUUUCCACAAGAGGCUUAAGGGCGACUUGUGGGACUUCCAUGAUACAAGUUCAAAGCAUCAGCGGCAUCGUGGUUUUGAUCGGCCCCAAACAGCCUCAAGGAAACCGAUCUGAGUAAUACCAAGCCUGGCUGCCCUACGGUGGUGCCAUCUUUUCAGGCUUACACCAACGACGACAGGCCCUGAUGCCGAAGGGCAGUCUUCGCUAGCUACAUGAAUUCCAACCUUCUUAAAAAGAAAUCCUGCUAGCUUUUUAUGUCGGAAGUUUACGGGCCGGUGCUUUGUUGAUAUCGAAGACCCUCUUCUCUUCAGUCUGCCCAGAUACAGUGCGACUAGACAUGGAGGCCGUGCGGUGUGAUGUCCGAUCCAAUAUCACAGUGGCACCAGCCGAACAUACAGAGUAGAGAAUUCACGCAGUAAGC